AUGAAGAGUCAAGAAGAAGCUCAGAAUAUAGACAUUGAACUGUUCACGGAAUACCAGUAUAGCGUUGACCAGUUGAUGGAGCUUGCUGGAUAUAGCUGUGCAGUGUCCAUAGCCAAGGCAUACCCAGUCAAUUCACUAUCUAAAAGUGGUGGAACAGUGCUAUUAUGUGUAGGACCUGGCAAUAAUGGCGGAGAUGGAUUGGUCUGUGCCCGGCAUCUCAAGAUGUUUGGAUAUCAGCCUUCUAUAUUUUAUCCUAAACGACCAGAUAAACCUUUGUACAAGAAUCUAUCUCAUCAGUGUGCAGCCCUGGAUAUUCCAUUCCUGUCGUACCUACCGAAUAGUCAGCUUAUAAAUGAAUCGUACAAUUUUGUGGUGGAUGCCAUAUUUGGAUUUAGUUUUAAGGGUGAAAUACGAGCGCCAUUCGGUGACGUCCUUAAAACUUUAAAAGAAAUCAAGAUACCACUGUGCAGCAUUGAUGUUCCAUCAGGUUGGGACAUCGAGAAAGGAAACCCGGAUGGUGUCAAUCCAGAUUUCCUCAUUUCACUUACCGCACCCAAGAAAUGUGCACAACACUUCAAAGGAAAGCAUCACUAUCUUGGUGGAAGAUUUGUACCUCCAGACCUCGCUAAGAAGUAUGAACUCAACCUGCCAGACUACCCGGGUACAGAAUGCUGCUUAGAAUUGAAGUGACUAGCAACGACCUCAAAGAUUUAGUACAAACACAGAUUUGAUGCUGAUAAUUACUAUUACAGAUUCUUAUAGAGAGGCUGUUGAAAUAGCCAGGUUUGUUUCAGAUAGUUUCAAGCUAUACGAUAAACGCUGUAAAGUGUAAAUCUUUUUAAUUUUGCAAAGAUAAGUUUUCACAAAUUUCUCAAGUAGGAAAAAUUGCAAAGUUUCAUAAUUUGCUGUUGAUCCCUUAGGGCAGGUUGUCUGACUUGACUUUGCCAACAACCACAAAUCAUCAAACUAGGGAAAUUUUGUUUAUAUUCUAGUCUUUGAACAUUCUGCAAAUAAUUUUAUGGAUGAGUAGGAUUGUAUUCCAUAAUAAAUUGUGUGAGUUUGAUAUGCUUUUUUCAGAUAUUGUCUUUAUCAGCUUUACAGUGCCUGGCAUCUCUGCCAUAUCAUGUAGGUUAUCCCGUUCAAGACACUCA